AUGGACGCACGUGAACUUCCAGCAGAAAAUACCGUGGAGUAUUUAGUCACCGAAGGGAAGGACUAUUGUUUAACUCAUGGCCUUGUCAUGCAAUCCAAGGAAUCGUACUUUACGGUAGAACAUGCACCAUUUACUCUUCUUCCCACUGCUUUUCCGAAGCGACUGUUCCUUCAAGCGAAAGAGGUACAGAACGACUUUAAUGUGUUGGUCCAUCGAGUAAGUCAGGAUCAUGAAUUUCUAAAGGAAGCUUUGAGUGGGUAAGGAAUGAGACAAUCUUUUCAAGCAUAAGAUAAAUUAUGCAGUUGUUGCAGUCUUUGGAGUGGUUCGUGAUGGGACUCGAUAAGGGCCAUUUCAUUUAAUAUUUGUUUGUUUCUUUUAUUUGCCCCAGGUUCUUCCUUAAAGCAGGGGCACCCAACGAGGAUAUAGUUCAAAACCACUUAACACAGCAUUGUUGAACGUAGUUUAGUAUUUAAACGGUAGAUAUAGGCAUAUUUUUAUCCCCUAAAAACUUUUCAUCUGUUCGGAUUUCCUAGCUGAAACUCUAUUGAUCCGAAAAUUAUAGGGAUAAAAACUUACCUUCUCGGAAAUUUCAGCCAGGAAAAGACUCCCGAAAAUUCUAGGAGGCCUUUUUUAGGGUCAAAAUCCGUUAAAAAUGGGCAAUUAUACCAUUUUGUAGAUGUUCGAAAAUCCUAGGAGAGGCAGGCAAGCAAGAAAUUUUACAACAGCUGUUCCGAAAAUUCUAGAUCUCAUAUCGUCUUCCGAACAGAUAUUUUCCGAAAAUUGCCGUUGGGUGCCCCUGUUAAAGGGGUUUAACAGCACUCUUCAUCCGAAAAACUUUAUCCACCAACUUGAUAUCAAUGAUUCAACUAGCCUACCUAGCUAGCAGUUUCGUGCAGUUUCAGAGCAGAGAAUAAGGAACGAGAGUCUAAGGGGCUGUUUACAGUGCGAGUGCACCUCCGGUUCCCUCUCAUGACUUUAUAUUUGUUUACGUGAUACCACCACAAAAUGUCAUGACAGCAUGAGUCACCCCGGCGUGAGUUUGCCCUGGUUGUUGUACCAGGGCUAGAAUUUCACUACAGUACAAAAUCUUGCGAAUGGACCACCCGUUUCAGUGUGAAAUUGGUCUGCUGGUAGACUGGAACGGGUAGUGCAUACGUAAUGGUUGCGAUUUUUAAACACACGUGUAUUUUAUCAACAUGAAGUGUACCUUCAAAUAAUGUGAUAUGAAAUGACCCUGUCAUCAUGUAAACGUAGUUGGAAAUCAAAAAGUCAUUCCAGUAUGAAACUCGCGCUGGUGUGAGUUUUCUCAUGUAAACACCCCCUAAGACCUUGCGAAAAAUGACGUGAGUAAAAGAGUGGGGAGGGGUUGGGGAAGAAAGAAGGAAACUCUUGCAUGCAAACCCCACGAUUUUAAAAACUGCCCACUUGGCCUUUCAUGCAUGAGUGCACGCACCAACAUUUGAUGCUGCCAUCAGCUGUCAUAAAUUGACUAAUAAAAAUGUUUAACCUUCCGUACAGCGGAAGUGAACUUUUAAGGACGUGCAUGGAACCAAAACAAAGUUUCUUCGGAAGCAACACGAAUAAACUGCAAGGGUUACAUAAAACCUCCAGAAAAUUGGAUUUUAGGUAGUAAAAUGUAACAAGUACAUUCAAGUCUAGAAUUUUUGACCCCCCAGGCGGGUAUUUGUACAAGGUCAAAGCUCAGCUGGAUAGAACGGCUUACCGUUCUUGCCACAGCACAGAACAACUAAAGUUGCUCUUGUAAAAGCAACUAAGAAGAAAAACAACCCGGUAACUGAUGAGGUUUGCGUGCAGAACCAAAACCAUUUUCUGGCCUGAUCAGAAAGUGGCAAUGACAGAACAGUGGGAAGACUGUUAAGCUAAUUCAAAAGUUGUUGCCAAGCAAUCACAAUCUUGAAUGCGUCACAAUGCAAUUCUCCAUAGCUGGAGUUUAAGGUCCAAUCUAUUCUUCAAAAUUUGGAUCUGUAAAUCACUAUCAGAGAGAAUUUACCAUCCUGCAAAAAAACACUAAUGAGCUGGGCCCAGCAUAACAAAACAUUGCAGGAAACCAUCGCAUUUGCAGACAAAAGAAAAUUGCUUUUAGUUAUUCAGAUCCAGGAGGCACUUUGGAGAAAAUUAAACAACCUAAAACCCUUCUCAAGAAGACAUUUACAUUCCAAAAGGGGUCCAAGAAAAUGCUUUAGAAUAAACACUAACAGCAGAAAAUUAAUAUGUGUGUAAUGACUUAUCAGUAUUUUGAAGCAAAACAAUGAUCGACACAUGUCAAUUAUGUUUGACUAGCCGAGCCAAGCAGGCGCCCUGUUCACUGGUGGCAGGGUUUUCAAAAUCCUGGGAUUUGUCUGCAACCAUUUCAUUCCUUCCCCUCCCCCUCCCCCCACUUUCAUUCUUGGCUCUCGUUCCAUUCUUUGCACGGCCAAAACUGAAAAUCCUGUUCCUCGGUUUUUCUUUGCUCGGCAACCGAACAGAAAUGCAUGCCUGCUACGCAUGCUAUGAUUUAACUUUCCCCUUAUUUGUUCAGAAGUCUAUUUCUGGUAUUUUCCCUCUUCAGAAAUUAUCAGGUCAGAUAACAAGGCCCGUUAGGGGGUUACAUAUGUCCCUGGUCUGAAUUUCAAACCAUGUCGCUCUUGAUGUUUUACUAUUGUAUUGGUAUUUUUCUCUGUCCAGUGCUCCAAGCUGCGACUGUUUUAGUUGCCAUGGCAGGCAUAAAAAAUUUUUGACGACACGACUAAAACUGCAGUGAAAGUUGCCAAUUUGGUGACCUGGGUUGAGCUAUUAUGUGCCAAGCUCUUUCCAAGAAAUUACCGAGAUUUUGCAAGAUGCGUUUUUCUAGUAGUUGGUGUUUUUGGUCUUUUUAAGUUUAAGUGAGGUAGAAAUUUGUAUUUAAUAGCAUUCAUGCUCUGUCAUCUUGAUAAUUUGCCUAAUUUAAUCCGGUUCUCUGCAUAUUAAGCGUUGAGAUGUCACCUGCACCACCAACUUCAAUAACUGAAUUUGUGGUAUCCUUCGUAGAAAAAAUAAGCGAAACAAAACAAAACAACAGACAAAUUUGGCCAAAAUCCAGCACGUCCUUCACAUCACCCUUGUUUAUGUUUAGCGGUGAGUCUCUUACCUGUUCCACCUGUAAACCCCUUUUAGCCCUAACAUCCACAUACAAAUUCUCCAUGCAUUUAUUUCCUCAAUGAUUGGUGGAGAGAAUUCAAUUUUAUAGUAAAAAAAAGCGUUUUUUCUCUGUUCAUCAUUUGAUAAAUAUUUCUCAUAAUGAUUUUCUUUCUGGAUGAUAAAUCAAUGUUUCAAGGAGAAAAUUGAUGCUAGUAAGGGUUUAGCAUCUUUUGUCACUUAAAGGCAUGCUGCCUUCCCAUUAAGGAAUACUAAAUAUUAUUUUUAUUGCUCUAAUUUAGCACCAUAGGGGUGGAUGAGUUUACAGCAAAAAUAUUUGAAAUUUAUGAGACGACAAGAAAAGAGGGAUUAUCACAGGUACAUGUAAAAGAUUAAAGUAAAAAUGCAUUAGAUGAAAUAUAGCCCCUCAAAAGACUGAUCCUCAAAAGCUUUGAGAGGAUUUUCUAGUCAGUUCUUCAAUAUACAAUCAAUCAGUUAAUCAGAACAAUUACUUCACAUCAAAGUUAAUUUACUGUAGCAGACUUGCUGGUACUCUGAGAAAACUGCAAAAAUCUGAUCAGUUAACAGUAUUAUUUAGCUUGCUAGUUGGUUUUCUUAUUUGCUAAAAUCGUAUAAUGUGUGCUUUUGUAUUAAAAAACAUUGGUUUGUCAAUUCUUGCAGCCAAUUGCCCUUGGAAUUUUACGGUCAGACUAUAUGCUAGACAUAGGAAACAAACCAGAUGAUCUUAGCAUCAAGCAAGUGGAGAUCAAUACAAUUGCCUCAUCUUUUGGUGGACUGAGUCCACAAGUGAGAGCACUACACUCGUAAGUAGUAGUAAUACUAGUAACAGAGAGGAGAAGUGUUACGUCACAUUACCAUGGUAGCAAAAUUUCUGGAUCACAACAAUAGGGAGUUUUUGCAACGGCGAUGGCGAACAGCUUGAAAAAGCAAUAGGUUUAGAUUGGCAGAAAAACAAACUUGCACGUGCAUCACCCUUUUUUGUACAUUUUGUUAGUCGUUGCACGACUGCGACAUGAAACUUCUUAAUUUGAUGCGCCUGCUUUAUGGAGUAGGCAAGCACAACCCAAAAAUGUUAGACUUUUUAUUUUUCUAAACUUAGAUACCGUCCUUUUGGAUUUAACUCAGAAAAUUUUGCCAACAUUUGACAAAUUAAAUGAAAUUAAAUAAGAUCAAUGGAGUUUGAAACAGUGCGAAUCUGCUUAAUUUAAGUAACGUUUUGGAUUGUUGUCAUCCAGCAAUUUUGCUAUCAUGGCAACAUGAUGUAACAACUUCUUCUCUCUAUUUUAAGUAAUUAUAUAUCAAACAUGAGACGCAGUGUUUCAUCUGGUGAUGAAACACUGUGUCGAAUGUUUGAUAUUUCUUCUCAAACAAAAUCAUUUUUGAAGGAGAAAUUAAGAAUGCAAAAAUGAGCAGUUUUUCAUCUGAUAUCCAAACACUCAUUAAACAUUAAUUUCCUUUGAAUUUUCUUUAUGAAUUAUUAAUGAGUUUGAGAAGUAUAUAUAUAUAUACACUUCAGCCAAUCAGAAUGACAAACCUGAUCUGGUUAGUGACACGUCAUCUGUAUGGAAUUUCUGCAUUUGUUCCUCAGACGUCAUUUUGCAGGGGAACAGUUGGUAACAUCGCCAAAUGUCAGCUGCCUUCUCAGGCAAACUCCUCCAUUAAAUUUCGUCUGUUUUUUUUUGGCCCCUGCAUAUGCAAAUGAUUGCAGUGCCUGUCGGGUGAGGGGGUACUGUACUCCUCGUAAUGCCCUAUUUGGGGAAGCUCUGCCUAAAAGGGGUACCUUUUCUGUCAAAAUACUACAUAAAAGGGUAAGGGGUUGGGCCUCAGGGCAGAGCAUCCCUGUAUGAAUCUUUUUUGAGUGCAAAUGAUUGCAGUGCCUGUGGGGUGAGGGGGCUACUGUACUCCCGGUAAUGCCCUAUAUGAGGAAGCUCUGCCUAAAAGGGGUACCUUUUCUGUCAAAAUACUACAUAAAAGGGUAAGGGGUUGGGCCUCAGGGCGAAGCGUCCCUGUAUGAAUCAUUUUUGAGUACCCCCCCCCCCCCCCCCCCCCCCCCCCCCCAGUCCCCCCCCCCCCCCACCCGCCCCAUGCAAUAUUUUGAUGAACUGGGAUUUUUCAUAUUUGAAGCUCAGGAUUCACAAAGUCAAAGAAAAAUACCAUUAGAGGUAAGAUUGGAGGGAGGUUAUAAGGUUAAUAACCAUGGGUAUUUACAGGAUUGCACUUGUGUCAGAAUCAUGUGAUUGAUGAACCCUAAACACUUUUUGUGUUAUUGACAUUUAUAUUGUCCUUUUUGAACUUAAAAAAGGGCUGUUUGUUUGUAUCAUUUUUAUAUUAAUACAAUAGAAUGGACUUCUUAUACUCGCUGUUAAAAAAAUUUUCCUGCAAAAAUGUUUAAUGAAUUUGUAAGAAAAACAAUGAAAGCCUAAUUCAUUAUAAGAGAUUGAAUGUCUUCUUAUGAUAAUAUACUUUCAAUAACCACAUUAAUUAGAAGUUUUCUUGUAAUGAUGAGCAAAAGGUGUAAUACUGUCUGUUAUUUACAGGUUCUUAUCAGAUCUUCAGAAUGAACAUGACCCAAGUAAAAAAGACAAGGUAACUUCACAUACAACUGUAAUAGUUUCCUCCAAAGUGUAAUAAUUGUUUGAGAUUUUCCCUGUCUUUUACAAAUGCAGCUGAUUUCGUAUUACGAGUGCGAGUUCAGGGAAAAUUGGCCAUCGAACUGUGAGAGCAAAUUCCAGUGGAGCUGGCCUCAUUAGCUCUGACCCACUGCCAAGAUUUUCCUUGAUCUCGCACAAGUAAGACUGCUCGAAGGCUAAUUAGUCAUGUGCAUGAUGACAUCUUCUCACCCUACUUCUAAGACCAGAAUUCAUUUUGUUUUUCUUGCAUUUUUAAAUUUGGUAACCCCAGCGAGGUUUAAAUAACAAAAGCCCUAAUUUGCACAAGAAAGCAAAACCCUGUUCAAAGGAUUCUGGUAGUAGUAAAAUGAAGCCAUUUUGAAAAUGGCUUAUUAUAGAAACUGCUUGGUGAGGGAUGGAUGGAACUUUUUGUUGGAGUAGUGGGAUGGAGGAACGGAAAUCAGGGACCCUCUGAGAUGCCUCUCGGCAGCUCUAAAUGAAGCAGGCUUAACCCUUUAACCCUUUAAGCCCUAAGAGUGAUCAGCAGGAAAUUUCUCCUCAUUACUUGAAUGCUUUAGAAAACAGAGUGGUCAUGAGAAUUGAGUACAUGAUCAGUGAAGAUGAGUCUAAUUGAUAUUUCCACAAAUUCUCCCUGCGCUACUUCUACUGAAAAAGUAUAGGGACAGUAGAUGGGAAUCUCUAUUUUGAAAUUAGGGUUUAAAGGAUUCAGCCUUUAUAGGGCCUCAGCAUCUAAUUUCUCCCUAACAAUAGCAAUGCCUGAUCAAACAUGCAGGUCAUGAGAGUGAAUGAAUUGACCGUUUUACCAAUACGGCGGCCAUAUUGAAUUUAUUAGAUUUAAGGAGUAUUAUGGGAUGCCCAGGGGGCAUGAGCAUGAUCCGGUAUACUCGCUCAUUAUUUACGUGCGCUUUUCGGGCCAAUUUUUCUUUCAGUUUUCCCAGAAAAAGAUUGUAAUGGGAAAAAAGAUCUUUGUGGCGUGUUUGGAUGUAAUAAUGAUCGCCUUUUUUCUGAGAAAUACACAGGGAAGUUCUCUUUUUGCCCGAAAAGUACGCGUUGAGUGAGCACCACUGGGGCAUCCCAUAAUUCUCCUUAAAUCUAAUAAAUUCAACAUGGCCACCGUAUCGGUAAAAAGGUCUAUUGAUCAACAAAGAUGAAAUGUUUUGAUGUUUGAGCAAAUUCUCUCAAGCAGUACCAUAUGAAAUGUAUGGAUAACAGUGAUGAGAGUGUGCCUGUUGAUAUUGGUACUUAAGCGGUUAACAGGACAAACUUCUCUUUUCAGCUUCCCAUAAAUACAUCGUGUUUGGGUGUGGCUGCAGGACUAGUAGAUGCAUGGAAGUAUUAUGGAAAUGAAAGGUUUGCGAAAACUGUUUUGAUGAUUGAUCUUUCUUCUAAGGUCAUAUGAAUACAGUUGUUAUAUGAUACAUUAAACUGCUGUUUAUAAACUCUGGGCUUCAUAAGGAGUUUUGGAAGGGUUUAUAAAUACUGAAAUGCCCUGACAUGAUUCCCAUCAAAUUAUUUUGUCAAACUUGUGGCAGAUAGUUGGACCUUUGACCGCCAUUACUAACAACUGACUAUAUCAGGAAAUCGUACUUUUCAAAUGCAUGGCAACAGGCAAGAUUAGUCCUAUACCCAAAGUAAUAAAUAAUAAUAAUAAUAUACAAUAUUUAUAGAGCGCUAAUUCCCAAUGGUCCAAAAGCGCUUUACAUAAUAAAAAUAACAACAAAAUCCUAAACAUACAAAACUACAAAAAUACAUUGUCAUCCUAUCAAAACAUCAUCAUUCUAUACGACAACAUCAUAACAAAUUUUAAAAAGCCAAGUCUUAAGCUUAGAUUUAAGAGAAGAAAGGGAAUUAAAAGAUCUAAGUUCGAAUGGAAGUGCAUUCCAAACAGAAGGUGCAGCAAUAGUAAAAGACCGGCCACCAUAGGUUUUAAGAUUAAAUUUAGAUGUAGAAAGUAAAAAUUGAUUAGAGGAUCUAAGAAGUCUACCAUGUGUAUAAGGCUUGAUAAGAUCAGUGAUAUAGCUAGGUGCAGCACCAUGAAGUGCCUUAAAUGUAAUUACUGCAAUUUUGAAAGUUAUCCUUUGUUCAAUUGGUAGCCAAUGAAGUAGAUCUGUCUAUAGCUGAGGGACACUUUUGACCAAUAUCUAUCCUCUCAACACUCUCUAAAGUUUUUGAAAGGCUUGUUGCGAAACACAUAAAUAUCUAUUGCGAACAGGAAGCUACUCUCCAUCACAAUAAUGAAUAUAUCUGGUUUCCGCAAAGGGCGCUGUAUUAUGUAUACGUGACGAUCUACUCAAGCAUUAGAAAGGUGAAGUUAUAUUGGUGGUUCUUGCCGACGUUUCGAAGGCAUUCGACACAGUUCGGUACAAGACACUUUUCCCUUGGUUUCUCGAAGAACUUUCUCAGUUGGCUGACUAGCUAUCUUAGUAAUGGUUUUCACUUGGUUCAAAUAGAUGACCAGAUGUCAGAUAAUGCUCGCAUGCAGUUUGGUGUUCCUCAGAGGUCAGUUCUUGGGCCAAUGCUUUUCAACCUUUACGUCUCUGAUCUACAAGACAACCUUCCAAAUUCAGUUACCACUUUUCAGUAUGCAGAUUGCACCACAAUUCAUGAAAUCUGCCGCCUGACUAAUCUUACUGAAUCCACAGAGAAUUUGAACACUGCUCUUGAAGCUCUAAGCUUGUGGUCUUCUGACUCACAUCUGGCGCUCAAUCCGUCUUAAACAACUGGAGAAACCACUGCUCGCAGGGUACCAGCUAAAUGGCUUGUGUUCACUGCUUGCGUGAGAUUAGUUUAGAUCUUAAGAUUUCAGAAGAAGGACUGGAACGCGUCGAACAGACCAAACUACUAGGUCUGCCUUUACAGGAGCAUCUUAACUAGGAUCAAGAUUGUUAAAACGUGCUAUAGUCCACUUAGUGUCUUACGAAAGAUAAAGAACUUUGCCGAUUCUAAGCUUAGGAACUUUACUUAGCUCAAGUAUUAGCAUUAGAUUAUUGUGAUACUGUAUUUUAAUUUUUACAUGAUUUCCUGUUGAAACUCUUGCAACGAUUUCAAUUCGCUGCAGCAAGCUUUGUCACGGGACGAUACGUCCGGAAACGCGAAGAUUUUCUUAAACUUGGUUAAUUACCAAUGAGAGAACGGAGGGACUUUUGCUUGCCAAAUUAGUGCAUAAGGCGCUCUAUAUGAAUAACUGGCCGUCAUACUUGAGAAUCAAUCAAAUAACCUAGUCUGCAUACAUUACGUUCCAGCUCAGCCACUAGGUUUUAAUUCCACUCGAAAAAGGCACCUUUCGGGACUCUGGUGCACAGCUUUUUAACAGCCUUCUUGAUCAUCUAAAGAUGUGCGGUGACUUUAAUUUUUAUUGUAGGGGGAUUGAAUCGUUUCUUUUAUCUAGAUAAAUUUUGGGAUUUUUAUUGUAUUUUCAUUUUUACUUUCAUUUCAUUUCUUUUCUUUUUUUCAUUUUUAUCUAUUGUAAAUAUUUUUGUCUAUUGCAUACCUCUAGUUAAUUGAAUUUAUAUAGGUAUAACAGAUGAAGAGCCACUCUGGAAACACUGUUAUUUUAAAUAGACUGGCUAUAUCCGAGGGGGCUUAUAACCGCAAUAGAAAAAGUACUUCAAAACAAGCUACAGCAGUGCUGAUCAAAAUAUGUUUGGGGUUUACUGGUUUUCAAUUAUUUUUAAGCUGCAAAUUAAAAUUUAAUUUCAACCUAGCUAACCCGUUGGAGGCUAAACUUUCAAGCCUUCAGAAAGAUUAAUAAGGAGCUAAUUUUAAACGUGUGUAGAUUACGAGCAGUCCUUAAUCUCUCUUCACUUCCUACUUUAAAAUACUAUUAAUAACCAAAGGUUAAGGAGUGGGGGCAACAAGGAUCGAAAGUCAAAACGCUUUUGCUCCAUCGUUGUACUUUGUGAAAGUUUCAUUUGACGGAUAGUCAAAACACGCGUGAUCAGAUUACGAGUGAUAGAAGGUACAAACGCGCGUGAUCAAAUUGUGUUCUGUGCAUUCCAUUCAUUCUUAGUGGAAGUCCAAACCAAUGCUGGCUACAUACAUGCGACGCAUGCGUAAUAACAACCUGGAGAUUAGGAUUGCAGGCUCCUCUUUUCGCCCGCAAAAAUUUUCAUAAUUUUACAUUUUCGCACGCUGUCUGUGGCUCUGAGGAAAGAAGGACGACUUCUCGCGGUCUAGCCUGUGUUUAGGGACUUAGACUUGUAUGAGUUGAUUGUCAUUAUUAUUGCAUUAACAGGGCCGUAGCAAUGAUUGUAGUGUCGGAAGAUGAGCGGAACAGAUUUGACCAAAGAUGGGUUCAACAUCUCAUGCGAGAACAGUAAGUUGCAGGGUUUCCCACAAUUAGGUGAUUCUAUUCUUCCAUUUUGCGGCUGAAUUUUAUCUUGAGAUUUAGUUUUAUUUUCCUGCAUUUCAAACUCCUUAUCAUACAUUACCCAAUGUUCUCCUUAUCAGGCGGCAAUCAGUAAAUUUUGCCGCUAAGAUGACAGUGCCUAAAAUCAAGGCAAAUAGGGCCUCGUCCACAAGUAUUCGGGUAUUUUUGAAAUCGGGGAGUUUUUUCUCCGUUUUAGCCGUGUGCUACCUUGUUUUCGUUCCUAACUAAAAUAUACAAUUUGAUAUGGCAGGGGGAUUAAUGGAAAAAUCACCUGUGUUUUUUAGAGUCAAUAUUGUAUUUGUUUUUAAUUAGUAUCUUAUUGAUAGAUAUAGAGCAUUUUCGCAUGACCUUACGCCUGGCAUAUUCCUGUCCCAAAACAGUGAAACGGCGGCCAUGUUGGUGUUUCAAACCGAUCCUGUGGGAGUUAGACCUUUCUCCUUUGUAAAAAUAUUCUUUUGUUCCAUGAAUUUCCAUAGCUGCUGACCACGUGAUUUAAAAGGCUCUGUUGGUCAUUUGCGCAGCUUGAGACUUGGUGAGAGUAGUGUUGGAUUACACUACGAGACUGUUUAGAGGGACGACUGUUUUACCCAUCUUCCUGCGCAACCCGGUGAUGUGAAAGCACACCUUUAAAGGCCUCAUUCGCCAUAUAUUUACACAUCUCCCAUAAUACAUCUUCCUUACCCCCCCCCCCCCCCCCCCCCCCCCCCCCCCCCCCCCCCCCCAAAAAUUUUUUUCUUAACCUUUUUUUUUUAUUUUUCCUGGGUUCUUUAAGUGGUUUCAAAUUAAAUUUUAAAAAAUGCUUUUACAAAAUAUGGGGGGAAAAAAAGGGGGGAUGUGAGUUUUUCAAAAUGGGGGGGGGUGAAAUUUUUUGUGUUACAGUGUUGGCGUUUCUCCUCUGUCUAUGAGACUUGGGGAGAGGUGUGUUGGGUUACACUACGAAACUGUUUAGAGGGACCACUGUUUUACCCCUCUUCCCGCGCCACCCGGUGAUGUGAAAGCCCACCUUUAAAGGCCUCAUUCCCCAUAUAUUUACACCUCCCCCCUAAUACCUCUUCCUUCCCCCCCCCCCCCCACUCCCACCCCCUAUCCUGCUCCCUGCUCCAAAAAAUGUUUUGCAUAACCUUUGUUCUUAAUUUCUCCUGGGUACUUACAGUGGUUCCAAAUGAAAUUUAAGACAAUGCUUAUACAAAAUUUGGGGGACAAACAAGGUGGAUUGUGAGUUUUGCAAAUGGCGAGUGGUGCAAAUUUUUCGACUCAACGUCGAGCCAUUCUCUCUCUGUAACGGCGCCUCCAAACAAAGAAUUGUAGAAUACUACGGUCCUAUUUUUUUGUUGUGAAGUGAACCAGUAUCUGCUAAAUAAUUGUCAUGCAGUUAAAGAUGUGAUUUAGAACUUGCAACCCGAUGGGAUGUAGAUGUGUGCAUUUCAGAACUUCAGCAAAAUCGAUCUAUCAUGUUACUCUUAUCUCUCUGUGUGAGAUUUACUGGUAAAUGCAUGAAAUAUGCAUAUGCAUGAUCGUAUGCAAACUGAAUUGUUUUCAACUUCCCUUUUUACUUUUUAGUGAUCCCCGUGCCCAUCUUAUUAGGAAGACUUUUAAUGAGAUCAAUUCUAAAGGACAGCUGAAAGAGGACAAGACACUUAUAGUGUAAGUACACAAAAGUUGUUGGCCGAAGCCACGUUAGCCACGUUGAGUGCACUCGACAUAUGUUUAAAAUCUGUGCGAGAUGCUGGUUAUUUAGUGUGUUGCCUCGAUCAUUAGCGUCCAGUGUACUCGGGAGAUGUGACGUCUUGUGGCAAGCCUGCGGCCUUUCAUAAACGAAUCACCCGUUGCCCAGUGCUUAGAGCGUGUCCAACUAGUUAUUGAAGUGUGGUGGGUUCGGGUGUCGGGUGUCGGGUUUCGUUUCAGAGCAUUUCUGCUUAUGCCACAUUAUACACAUACCUAUUUCAGUUACACUUAACCUUUAAGUCCCAAUAGUGACCAACAUCAAUUUUCUCCCAGCGAUAUCCAUAGAUUGUCAAAAGCAAAGUCUAUGAGAAUUAAUAAAAUGAUCACAAAGGGAAAAAUUUUUGACCUGUUAUCAAAUUCUCUCAACUAAUUCUUUAAGGAAAUGUAUAGAGAUCAGUCUGGAGAAUUUGUAAGUGGAUAUUAGGUCUUAAAGGGUUAGAAGCUUUAAAUAUUAUUAUUAUUUUUUAUUUAAACCCGUUUGAACGUACAACUCGCAUGGGACCUGAGUCCCGUUCGUGCACAUUCCCUCUGGGCUGACCUGUGUCCAGAAAAGCUGAUGAAUAUUAUUGUGCUUAUUCAGUCUUUGGUUGAUCGCUUUGGUUAGCGCUCUUCUUAUCAGGAAACAAUGGAAAUAAAAGAGGGAAGGCAAAAUACUCGUUAAAAACGUAAAGCUGUUUGGAAAACUAACAUGCCAAAGUUCUAACAAAUUCUUAAAAAUGACUGGGUGCUUUUCCUUUAAGUUUAACUCUAGGCCCAGUUGUUCGAAUGCCGAUUAGCGCUUAAGCAUUUUUUCGAAAAUUUUUUCUUUCAUUUUUAAGAGCAUCUAAUCAUCAACUUGUUGACAAAAAGAAUUAUAUGGAAUUUACUUUUUAAGCUUUCAUAUCUGAAUUCAAAUUUUGUGCUAACCCUGGACAGUUCUGAAAUGUGUUCUAUCACAUGCGAUUUCAUUUGUAGACGGUAACCAUUUCUUGCUUUUUUCAGGGACGGAUAUGAAAUUGCUGUUGUGUACUUCAGGAAUGGCUAUGAUCCACAUCAAUAUUCCUCAGAAAAUGUAUGUUGAAGGGGGAAAUGCAUCUUAGAUUACGAUCUACUCACCUUAAACCAAGCCUUAAAUCAGAGCUGCGGUAAAAUCCAAACGUUUUCUUUGAAACAACAACAGCAACAAAAUGUAAUUAUCCUGAAGAAAUUCCUUUCAUACUACCAUCGCAGUAAUUGAUAGUAGACUUUCAUUUCCUUCCAAGAGUGAUGAUUGGUACUUUUCUUUUUUUACUUAAAGGAAAAGCGCAAAAAAGUUUGUAAACUGAAGCCCGUGAUCCAAUGAAAAGCCGUCAACUGGUCGGCAGGAAAAUACUUAACGUGACAACCUAACUCGAUUUGUAUAAUAGAUACCUGUGGUACACCUCUAUUUAUUCAGGAUCACUGUGCCAUUCUUUUCUCCACUUCACCAAUAAAACUCAGCAACUUGAACAGCAUGGAAGAAGUGUCGCGACGUAAUGGACUGACUAAUGAAUUACAUGGUUCAGUAAACAGUUUUUCUUUCUUUUUGUACAUGGUUUUAUGCAUUAUGAGCAUCCCAAUGUUGAUUCUUUGAAUUUUACUCAACACAGGAUUGGAAUGCUCGUCUUAUGAUGGAAAGAUCCCGAGCGAUUAAGUGUCCUUCUGCAGCUCUUCACCUUGCUGGUACAAAGAAAGUUCAACAAGUGCUGGCUUCGCCUGGAGUCCUGGAAAGGUACUUAAAGACUCAAUGCCAUCAUUUGUUUUAUUUUUUUUGUUAUUAGCUUCGCCUAUCACAUGAUACAGAAAGAAAAAGAAAAAAAAAAGGGAAUGAAUAUAUACUGAAAGAAAGAAUAAUACACGCUUAAUUAGGCAGGGAUACCACAAAAGUAAGCGGUAAGCCAAUUACAGUGGUCCCAUUUGUCCUGAUUAGUCCUUUUUUUUCUGAAGACCUUUAGCCAUAUCUGCCGACACCAUUGGCCGAUGGCUUUAUGUAUUUUUUCGUAUCGGUUUUAUCCCAUGGCUUAAAAUGUCUGACGAAGUUGUCCAAAUGUUGAAAAUGAAAAUUACUUUUAUGACCUAUGUUGUACUUCUUAGUUUUGUUUAACGCUGCGAAAAUAUUGACUUUGUUUCCUUACGUCGGGUUAAAACUGAAAAAACAUCUCACUUGAAAUCUUCCAGUUUUUCGUCACGCCAAAGUUCCAGCUAAGUUAUUAUUCAUGUCAAAGUUUCUCAAGAACUUGCACAAGUUUUUGUUUAAUUUUGUAGAAAGCAAAGCAAAGGCUUCAUGAUGAGCCUCAUGGCCAGCAGUGCAGAGCCGUUCAAAUUUGUGUGCUUUUUUCUUAUUUCAUUGCAACAGGUUUAUUUCAGAUGAGGAAGUCCUCAAGAGGAUACGAAGCACAUUCACUGGACUUUACACACUUGACGAGGUCAGAAUAGUUUUUAAACUCUAAUCUCCGUAUGCCCGUUGAUUUAUACCUGGUCAGCUAGACCUUUUGUAUUUCGGAAGAUCUGGCCCAUUGACCAUUUGUUCAUUGCCUUUAAUAUACCUUGUGUACCCUCCAAAAUUUUGCAUGACUAUUGUUUCCAAUUUAUUCUCAAACUUAUUAAUAAUGCAUAAAGAAAAUACAAGGGAUAUUAAUGUUUAAUGAGUGUUUGGAAAUCAGAUGAAAAAGUGGUCAUUUUUGAAACCUUAAUUUCUCCUUCUACGAUGAUUUUGUGUGAGAUGUAAUAUGAAGCAUUCGACACAUUGUUUCAUCACCAGAUGAAUCACCUCGAAGGUCGUCAAAAAUACCCCGCUGCGCGUCGUAUUUUACACUCUCUUCUCGGUGUUUCAUUUGGUGAUGAAACAAUCCGUCUCAUGCUUGAUAUAUUACUUCAUAGUCGUUCUAAGAACUUGAAUUGAAGACAAUGCCCAUACCAUUAUGGGCACUGUGAAAAUGGUAAAUGAGGAAUUGACAUCGAUAUGGUCUAGGACCUGAAAUUGUUUUUUUUUUUCCCGUAACAAGCUAGUAAAUCCUGGUAUGGCAAUUUUUCCAUUUACAUUGCGACUUAAUCAACAGGCUCGGGCCACUUAUCCAAGCUGUUUGAACCGAAGAGCUGCUUUUAGAAAUCAAACUGGCGUAAAUACCUUGGAAUAGUUUGUUCAUUUUCUGUAGUCCACUUGGUUAGUUUCCUUAAAGGAGCUCCGUUUGCUGUAGCUGUUCCUUAAAUACCUGAAAUAGUUAAAGGACAAAAGCUACUAGCAAUAAAGUCGAACUGCUGUCGAUAUAGAGGCAUCUUUCCGUUUUUUCGCUGGACUUUAAGUUCGUUUGUUUGUUACUUUUCCAGGGACCAGAGGGAGACAAAACAGUGGAGAUGGCCAUAGCAGAUCCAGGCACAUUCGUCUUGAAACCACAACUAGAAGGAGGAGGUAUUUAAAAGCACUUUAAAAGAAUUUGAAAGUUUUUAUUCAGCUAGCACAACUUACCUCUGUGGGGUUAUUUUCUUUGCAGCUGAUGGUCAUUUCCUGCAUACCCUUCGCCCCCUAUUCAAUAUUAAGAUAUGAUAGAACAAGUUAACCGCAAACACUCACGUUUUAUACUACAUUGGGCCAGGGGGAAGGGAAGAGAAGGAAAAAAAGAGGUAAAAAUUGCAGUCUUUACGUUUUACUCCGUUCCACUGUCAAUACCCGAGAAAAUAAAAGGAAAUAAACAGUUAACAUUUCUUACUUUGCUCAGGAGUCAGUACCACAGCGAAAAUAUGUCGUCACCUUCCUUGAACUGUUUUUAAGAUUAUCAGUUACACUAAGAGCUCCAAUUAAAGGCCUUUCUAAACUAGAAGCGUCAUUCCCAUCAAGGUAGAUUUUUUUCUCAAAGAGUUUGGGGCUGACCUGACAUACCAGUUUCGAAACUCUUUUCGCUCUUGAGGAUCCCAGGGGCUUAGUCCAAUAAUACUUCGGGACGGACAUCCCAUAAUUUUUCUAACCCACACAGGUAUCGCUUACGUAUAUAAAAUCUUUGAUAUGAAAUCUACAAUUUAAACAAAUAUAAUCUUUGUAAAACAAAUCAAGGGCUGUAAAAAUGUCUUGAAUUGAAGGCUGCAAGCGAUACCAACGCACUAAGGGCAAUUAAAAGAACUAAACAGUGCAGUUCUUCUUUGGUUCACGUUCUUUUGUAGUAAAUUUUUAGCAUCAAUUUAGGUUUCUGGGAAUCUGCCCACCUACCCCUCCCCUAACGCAACGUUUACGUUUGUGUCUCACUUGGGGCAAAAUGUUGGGUUAGGGGAGGGGUAGGCAUCACAAAGGCCUAGUCCACGCCCAGAUUGGUCUCCUUUUUUUCAUUUUUUUCCACGAGUAUACCUGUCCUUUAAAUAGUUAAGCUACUGCCCAAAAGUAUUGCUCACUGCAGGAAUGAGUUGAAAGAGGUCCGUCCAUUGCGACCUAAAAAUAUGUCCCUCACCCAGGUAAGCGAAAGAUUGGGGAUAGUCCAAUUGAUACGAAUAGAGUCCAUUGGAAUGAGAAGGAGUAACAAGUCUGACGAUUGGUACCAAUAAUAUCAGUGGGUACCAAUAAGAACAGUGCGGUGCUUUGUAGCACUGGUACGAUUGGCACAAUUGGACUGGGAUGCCAGUCCUUUGGUACUGAUUGGUGACAUAAUCUCGUUAAUGAAGCUAAGGACUAUUCCCAUGUUGCCUGCCCGGGUAUAAGGGGGGCCCUGUGUACCAAAGGAAGGAAUGGCAUUGAUGGUCAGGGCUGUUAGUCGAUUGGUACUGACUGGUGAAUGCUUUUCAGUAAGAAAGCUUAGGAUAUUUCCUUUUUCGUCUGGCUGGUUACGGCAGUCCAUUGGUACCAGUGGUACGACUGGUACCAUUGGACAGGCAUGUUAGUCAAUUGUUACCAAGCUUUGUCUUUUCUCCCCAACAGGACAUAACAUAUUCGGUGAAGACAUCGUGAAGACUCUCAAAAAUACUACGAACGUGAAGGAACGAUCAAAAUACAUUUUAAUGGACAAAAUUCAGCCUCCGGUGACAAAGAAUUACAUAGUGCGCGCCGAACUGCCUAAACCGGUCUUGGCAGAUGUUAUCAGCGAACUUGGAUUUUUUGGAAUUCUCAUCAGGUAUGUAAUCGAAUACUAUUAAUUUACGUUAUUAAACGCACCAGUGAAGUAAAAAUAACAUUUUAUUUGAGGAGUAUUAACUAUGCAACUUGACAACUCGUUAAAUACUUCAUGUUGUCAGUUGUUGUGUCCCAUGGAAAAUAAUGGUCGAGUACAUUUCCCGGAGACUUGCUCCGCUGAGUGUUGAUUGGUGCACUUUUUAAUGGAAUUAGCUUAGGAAUUGAACAAACUAGACAAUAUUGCGAGGAAUUGCUAAACACGAUACGAAAAUAACCUGUGGUUCUCAACUUAACCCUAAACGUAAAACGCGUGUUUCUGUUUCACGCAUCGGGGUGAGGGAAGCUGUUUUUUAGGUGAACAAAUGGGUAUUUGAGGGAGUUGGAACGUGUUUUUGACUGGAAACUGGAAAACGCGACAAAAUGUUAUCUUGGUCACCACAAGGAUUGCUUAAAAAAAUCUGCCCUGUCACGUCACUUCAUCCUUAAUGAUUGUCUUAAGAAUAUCACAGUUACCCAAAGUGGCCUCUGGGGAGCCUAUUGUUGUCUUCUUUCUUGUUUCCUCUCAAGUCCCUUAUCAGCCUGGUAAGUUGGCUAACCAGGUGACAACACUUAUUCUUUCCUCGAAUGGAGUUUUCACACACCAUUCUGACUGUCGUCUGCCGUGUUUCCAUCAACUUUGCAUGGUAAUCUUUGUUUUCUUAACGAUACUCGACUGGCUUUCAACUUCUGCAAAUUACCACUUGCAAUGGGUAAUGUACACAAGUGAUUCUAAUAAAACGUAAGUGGUUGUGAUUGAAAAAAUUCGAAGCGAGCAAUCGAACAUGAAUCAAUCAUUUUCUCAGCUUGCGUGCCAAGUCAAAAAGUAAAUUGUUGCUAAUUUAAAAUAGGGGUACGGAGAUAUUCCUUCACUCUAAUGAUUGGUUGUUGUUGUUGUUAGUCGAGGAGAUGAAAUACUGGUGAACAGAGAGGUAGGGCAUCUGAUGAGGACCAAGAGUAUUGACCAUAACGAUGGAGGGGUAUGUUCCGGAAGGGCCAAUCUGGAUAGCCCCUAUUUGGUAUAA